AUGCCUUGGGUGCACCAUGCCUCGCCGGCGGUGGAGGCGGAGUCCCAGUACCGCCUGAUUCUGGGGGUAUGUCUGGGCCUGACCCUGUUGAUGGUGACCACCGUCUGCCUGCGGCUGGCCAUUCGGUUCCACGCCCGACGAUUGGAGGCCUCCGACUACGUGAUGGUGGUGACGAUGAUCUUUAGCAUCAUAUACAGCGCCUUGUGCAUCGCUCAAAGCAGGUACGGGCUUGGACUGCCCUUGAAGUUGCGGCCAGAAGAGGAUCUGCCCCAGUACACGCAGCUCAACUAUGCCGGUCGCCCCUUCUACCAGGUCGGCAUCGCCGGCUUCAAAGCGUCGCUGUGCCUCAACUUCCUGCGCCUGAUCUCGGGGACAUCCAAGACCUUCUAUCGGAUCCUCAUCUGGGUGGUGAUCACGCUUUCCACCGUCGGCCACCUUGUUGGGGCGCUGAUCCUGAUCUUCGACUGCCAGCCGGUUGACCGGGCCUGGGACCCGACGAUCGCGGGGAGUUGUCUCCCCACGGGGCCGACCUUCUACGGACUGGCGGCGUUCACGAUCGUCUGCGACGUGGCCAUCAUCAUGCUGCCCAUCCCGUUGCUCCUGCAGUUGAACAUCAAGCCCGCCCAGAAGGCCGGGGUGGUGUGUCUGUUCCUGCUGGGCCUGUUCACCACCGGCUGCUCCAUCCUGCGUCUCACCCAGAUCCAUCGGGUCGCGUACGGCGACGGGAAUUCCACCAUGCUGGUGCUCUGGGGCACCAUCGAAUUCAACGUCGGGAACAUCAUGACCUGCGUGCCCUUCCUGGCGCCCCUGCUGAAGGGCGCGGUGCGGGAUUUCCGAUCUUCCAGCGACCGCAAGACAUACGAUCCACGCAGCUAUGCCCUGCAGUCCUGGUCCAAAGACCCCCGAUCCCAGCUGCGAUCGACCACCUCGGCGGCCCCGCAGCCGCGACGGACUCCCAGCGAGGAGCUGAUCCUGGACAGCCGGUUGGACGAGGGGGGCAUCCAUAUGACGGUGGAGCUCCGAGUAUCCCUGGAGGAGAAGGCGACGAGGGAGGGCUGA